GAGAUUUCGUGUAAGCGACCAGAGCGUUUAGAAAACCGCAGGGGUUCCCAUCUUCAUCCACCGCGUCAACAUCGUACUCGAUAUGGCUCUUGAUGAACUCGUCGAACUUCUUGCGCGCUUGGGCGAUACUCGGCGCAGCGCAGAUGACCUGAUUCGCAGGAUUGUCGAUGAGAUCUCUCAUGUAACGGUUCACGCGUCGGCACCUCUGGAUGUCCUUGACUGAGAGAUAUGAGAGAACGGCGAGCUGGAGCUCUGGGGCUAGCAUAUUGAUGAAGUACUCCUUGAAUUUGACUUGCUUCGCUGGAGGCUUGCCUGCAGAUAGCUAAUUGUCAGCGCGAGACUCGAAGUGCCCAAUUGGAAGCGGCGGUUGCGCUCGAUUGACUCACCAGGCUCCUGGCGUGCUGCCUUGCGCUUGCGGCGCUUCUCGCUGUUUGUCAUGUUGUGGGAGUUUCGCGCGCGGGAUGGAAAGGCAAUGGGAGGAAUUCGCUGCUGCUGCUUCGACCAGGUGUGCGGGAAGCGAGAUCGCCGGGUUGGUGAUGCAAUGUAUUGCAGAAGGAGGCGUGGUGACAGCGAGGAGAUGGGGAGCUGGCGAUGUUGAAGACAAGCCAGCAGUGAAAGACGAGCUGAACAAGAGUGAAUGGCGCGCGAAAACUUCUCUUCCCUCCACCUCAUGGACUCGCAAGACGUGCGCCUCCAAGGACCACGGCGCGUCAACACAAAGCAGCGCCCGUGACACCGCCGCGACGAUGGGUUCCAACAGCUCGCGCAUCGAACAAGACCACAACAUCGAAGAAAUCCAUUCGUCACGACCCUCCAGCCCAAUCAUCCACCACUCCGACGACUCUGACCUCGCGCGCAUCCCACAACUACUUCUCAACAAUGCCGUGAACACACCCGACGCUCCCGACCAUCCCACCACGCUGCUCGACCUCCCUCCGGAAAUUCAGCUUCGAGUCCUGUUUAUGUUGCCAGCGCGAGAUAUUCAGAAGUGUCGCCGCAUCAGUAGCCACUUUCACGAGCUCAUCGACGCGAUCGAGAACCACAGCCUUUUCCUGAAGCCGGGCAUCAACUACGCGCUCCAGCGUCUGAAUGACUCAAUCGCCGCCUUCUGCGAUUAUCCCACGCAUGAGCUCGCCAAGGACGGCACUCCGACAUCAUUCCUUCGCGCAUUAGGGUUCUUCUUCGACAAUGCGCUUCACAACGAUGACUUCCACGAAGAUUGGGACGACGAGGAUAUAGAAAAAUACAAUUGGUUUGGCAAGAUGUUCUGGGACCAUUGGCACGCCAGCGCAAACCCGCAAGACAUUCCGCUUUUGGGCGAAGAGUUGGAAACACUGUGGCCCAUCACAUUGCAUUUCUACGCAGCUGCGUCAUACGAGUCCGACCCGUGGGCUCCCAAGGAGAACUGGACGUAUGACCACACAAAAGUUCUUCUCUAUCAUAUGGACACUGCACACUAUUUGUUCGGCGCCACAACAGCUGAGCAGAUUCUGAAAAUGUUCGGUGCUGCGGAGAAGAACGAGUUGGAGGGUCGUCCCAUUUGUCAUUUUGCUCCUCAGCCACCGAAGUACAGGUUGGUCAGGGUUCCGACUGCUGGGAAGUACGAGGAUGAUGGAAAAUAUUCUCAGAGGCGUCAAGCUAUGGUCAGCAAGUUGGUACACUUGCUCCAUGUCCCGUCGUUGCCACACACUGCACCCGUCACCUACUGCACGAAGUCACGUUGGGCCUGGAUUUUGAUCAAGCUGGCUCUUGAGGAUGGAGAAGUACUCAGUCCGAUCAAGCGUGCAGCUCUGCUGGAAGAGUUGAUCAUUGGAUAGGGCUGAAGGAUGCAGGUACUUCAAUGGUGCGGAACUCCCGGCGGCAGUCCUUUCGAGUUGAACAUGAAUGUGCAAGAGAAAGUUGCGUUGAGCUGGGCAGGAGGCUGGACAAUGCUUUUGGGAGCAGUGGGGCUAACUCAGCGCGAGCGACUGAUAUUGGAAUUGGAUCGGCGAAACCGAUGCUCUGGAGUUACAGAGACUGUGCAGCCGAAGAAUUGAUUUCGCGCAGAAGGCAGAAAGACGGGCGCUUUGCUUGUACAGAAAGCUACGAUACCUUGAAUACCGACGCUUCCGAAACUGCGUUCCUCUCAAAUCGGCUCCCAGCACUCGCCCUCUGCCCUUCCCUGGCCCAAUUCUCGUCGUCAAGACCUCACUCAACGUACAAAUUGCCUACCGCCGGC